UGGACCGUCAGUGCUGGCGACGCGCUCCUCGGGGAACCAUCUACAGUGUACCGUGAACCGUCUACAGUGAACCAUGGGCCGUCUACAGUGAAGCAUGGACCGUCAACCGUGAACAGUAUAAGAGAACCAUACUUAACUCGUCUACAGUGAAACAUGAACCGCCUACAGUGAACCGUGAAGUCUAAGAGAACCGUAAACCGUCUACAGUGAACCAUGGACCGUCAUCAGUGAACUAUGAACAGUCUAAGAGAACCAUAAACCGUCUACAGUGAACCAUGAACAGUUUUAAGAGAACCAUAAACCGUCUACAGUGAACCAUGGACCGUCUACAGUGAACCAUGGACCGUCUAUAGUGAACCAAGGACCGUCUACAGUGAAACAUGGAACAUCUACAGUGAACCAUGGACCGUCUAUAAUGAACCAUGAAUCGUCUACAGUGAACCAUGGACCGUCUACAGUGAACCAUGGACGUCUACAGUGAACCAUGGACCGUCUACAGUGAACCAUGGACCGUCUAUUGUGAACUGGACCGUCUACAGUGAACUGGACCGUCUACAGUGAACCACGGACCGUCUAUAGUGAACCAUGAAGUCUUAAGAGAACCAUAAAUCGUCUACAGUGAACCAUGGACCGUCUACAGUGAACCAUGGACCGUCUAUAGUGAACCAUGAACCGUCUACAGUGAAACAUGGAACAUCUACAGUGAACCAUGGACCGCCUAUAGUGAACCAUGAACCGUCUAUAGUGAACCAUGGACCGUCUAUAGUGAACCAUGAACCGUCUACAGUGAACCAUGGACCGUCUAUAGUGAACCAUGGACCGUCUACAGUGAACCAUGAACCGUCUACAGUGAACCAUGGACCGUCUAUAGUGAACCAUGGACCGUCUAUAGUGAACCAUGGACCGUCUACAGUGAACCAUGGACCGUCUAUAGUGAACCAUGGACCGUCUAUAGUGAACCAUGGACCGUCUACAGUGAACCAGGGACCGUUUAUAGUGAACCAGGGACCGUCUACAGUGAACCAUAAACCGUCCACAGUGAACCAUGAACCGUCUAUAGUGAACCAUGGACCGUCUACAGUGAACCACGGACCGUCUAUAGUGAACCAUGGACCGUCUACAGUGAACCACGGACCGUCUAUAGUGAACCAUGGACCGUCUACAGUGAACCACGGACCGUCUGUAGUGAACCAUGGACCGUCUACAGUGAACCACGGACCGUCUAUAGUGAACCAUGGACCGUCUACAGUGAACCACGGACCGUCUAUAGUGAACCAUGGACCGUCUACAGUGAACCACGGACCGUCUAUAGUGAACCACGGACCGUCUACUGUGAACCAUGGACCGUCUACAGUGAACCAUGAACCGUCUACAGUGAAAGGCCAUAUUUAAUAUCCAGGAACAAUGAGGAUAACUGACGCCGACGACGACUACACGGUGACGGCGGACCAGCGAGCCGCCCUCAUGGAGCUCGAGUCCCUCACCUGGAACUAUCCGACGCCCCAGCAGGCGGGGGGUGGCCGGGCGCCCUCGGCCCUCCCGCAGGCGCCUCACCUCCUCCAUGACGAGGACUCCGACGACGACGAUGACGACGAGGACUCCUACUAUGUGGACAUGGUGCCUUACGACAUGACGGAGAGACUGAAGGAGGUCAACCGGGCCCUCAUAGAGGACCCCACGCCAGCUGAAUGUGACCGAGAAAUCACCGUCCGCUUCAGGGACGUCAUCGCGGAUUAUCAGUCGCCCAGGGAAUAUUACCCGUCAGACUCCGACGAUGGCUACGGGGACUCGUCAGACCUCCUCUACGACGCAGAGGAGGAGGACGUGUUGGCCUCCCUCACUGCCGAGGUCAAAGAGGUUCUGGGAGGUAACGUCAACGUGAUGGACCUAAUGGCUGACCUGGCACAGGAGAACAGCUCUGAGGACCAUAACAGCGUCGGGGUCAGUGUGGGCGACGCAGGUCAGGUCGACCUCAGUAAAGGGAUAAAGAAUGUUAGCAUCACCGAAGAGCGUCAAGUAAAGUGGGAUGCGAGCCAGGAGAUAAAAGCGGAUGUGCCCAGACUCCGGCUUGAGAGCCUCCCAGACAAGUCUCAGCUCAAACCUGCGGUAAAUAAUCUCAUCCGGGAGGAGGAGGAAGAAGCGAGGUCGACUUCGCAGGUUCCUUGUGAGAAGACGCUGCUGAAGGUCGAUGACUCGGGUCUGGCCGAUCUGGAAACUUUCAUGAAUGAAACUGAUACUAAUAAGAUGAUAGAGUACUUACCGGACGCGUCUAGUGUUGUUGAGGGGGAUAAAGGUGUUACAAUGUCCCUCAUAGAAGUCAAUGAACGAGUGCAUGUUGAGAGAGGACUUAGCAGUUUAAGUGACGUAGUAAAUGCGGACUUAAGACUAGACGAAUGUAGUGUAGGCGAAGAAACACAAUCUAAUCAUUUAUUUGAGAUACGAGACUCGAGUGACGUAACAGAGCAAACAGAUCCUCAGCUUUCAGCCAUAAUCGCGGCUGACAUUGCUUACUUCGAGAACAGCGACGAGUUCGAAGAUUCUCAAGACGAAGCAGAUUCUAAAGACGAAGAAAGUUCCACGUUAACAGACUCCUCCCAGGCGCCAGCAGCCCUGCAUGAGACAGAGACUGACCAGUUGCCUCAAGGCACUCCUCAGACGCAGGCAGAAGAACACACAAGAGCAAGCAGAAGGUCAGUUAGUCCAGACAUUACACCACCACACACUUCACGCCUCACAAGCAGGAAAGAUCAGAGUUCGCGACAAUCUCCAGGGCCUUCAUCACCUCCAGGGUCUCCGGGACCUAUUUUUGAGAAAAGUAAAAGGAAAACUGGGAGGAAAUCUCCGUCGGCGCCUGCCACACCUGCUGCACCUACCAGGACGAGGCCCAAGGCAGCGGCGGCCACCCAGCCCCUCAUCAAGCCCGCUCUCCUGUCCUCAGAGAAGCUGAGCAGACUAAAGACUAGCGAGACGGCCCGCCACAGAACGAGAGCAUCAGCAGGCUCACGGGAAGGCUCAAGAUCUCUUCCUUUCAAUUCUUCCUCUUCUUCCUCCUCCUCCUCUUCGUCCCCUCUCUCCUCCGCAUCGUCCUCAUCAUCGACUACUUCUUCUUUAUCAACACAUUCCUCCCCGAACGUCCGCGGGCGCAACCGGACGGCCGUCAAUGGUCCAGUGCGGCCCACCACGCACAGGUCGGCUGGGCCACCAGAGGGCAGCAGUGGAAGGGGCUUCAGUAGCGGUCCUGUGAGGUUACCGACCAGUGCCCAUCAUGGGUUGACCCUCACGCCCAUCAGCCCCGCCCUCACGACGCCCGUUAACCCCGCCUUCACACCCGUCAAUCCCGCCCCGAGAGGCCGAGUAGGGCCUCCAUUACCCGGCAGGAUACCGCCUCACGCCAAGGUUCGGAAGGCAGCCAGCGCCUCAGACCUUCACAAAGUAGGCGAGGAGCCUGAGGACCGAAAGAGGCAGAACGAGGAAGUCUUUAAGGCGUGGGUGAAGCAGAAGAACAAGCAGGCCGCCGUCUCCAAGAAGUCGCCGGCCUUCACCUCGCCUGCGUCAGGAAGGAGUUCGUCGGAGCUGACCGAGAGACGGAAGCGGGCGGAGGAGGCCUUCCAGGCCUGGCUCUCCAAGAAGCGGCAGGAGCUGCGACUUGAGAAGAGGAUGAGAGGUGAACGGCGCCGACUGGAGGAUCAGACCCGCUAUGCCAGGUCCAAGACCGAGUGUGAAGUCGCUUAUAAGGAGUGGUGUCGUCGCAAGCGGGAGGAGGUGCGGACGACGGCGCGGGCGGGCGCCGGGGUCCCACGUUCACAGUCGCUGGAACGCCCCUGGGCGCAGGAGAAGACCCGGAAGCUCUACUCUGCCUACCUCAGCGGUCACUAAUCACGGCUGCUGCCUUAUUUACCGUGAUACAUGACCAUUACACAUGGAUGUUGGCUACUGGAAUACGUGCCACGAAGACACAAGGAGGCUGGUCUCUGAGAUACGUGCCACGAAGACACAAGGAGGCUGGCCACUGGGAUACGUGCCACGAAGACACAAGGAGGCUGGCCACUGGGAUACGUGCCACGAAGACAAAAGGAGGCUGGUCUCUGAGAUACAUGGCACUACUGUGUGAGUUGAAUAGCCAAGGAGGUUGAUCAAUGUACACAAAUGGCACUUCGUAGCAGCAAGGCUCAAGUGGUCAGAGGGACCUCCUGCUGGGGCCAUGAGAGACAGGGACCUCCUGCUGAGGCCACGAGAGACAGAGGGACCUCCUGCUGGGGCCACGAGAGACAGAGGGACCUCCUGUUGGGGCCACGAGAGACAGAGGGACCUCCUGUUGGGGCCACGAGAGACAGAGGGACCUCCUGUUGGGGCCACGAGAGACAGAGGGACCUCCAGCUGGGGCCACGAGAGACAGAGGGACCUCCUGCUGGGGCCACGAGAGACAGAGGGACCUCCUGCUGGGGCCACGAGAGACAGAGGGACCUCCUGUUGGGGCCACGAGAGACAGAGGGACCUCCUGUUGGGGCCACGAGAGACAGAGGGACCUCCUGUUGGGGCCACGAGAGACAGAGGGACCUCCUGCUGGGGCCACGAGAGACAGAGGGACCUCCUGUUGGGGGCCACGAGAGACAGAGGGACCUCCUGUUGGGGCCACGAGAGACAGAGGGACCUCCUGUUGGGGCCACGAGAGACAGAGGGACCUCCAGCUGGGGCCACGAGAGACAGAGGGACCUCCUGUUGGGGCCACGAGAGACAGAGGGACCUCCUGCUGGGGCCACGAGAGACAGAGAGAUCAGAGCAGGGAAGCCUCUGACCGCUCCCUCAGCCACAGGUCCUGGUACAGCAGUGCUGGCUCCUGGUCCACCAAGUGCCCCAAAAAGUUAUCACCGAGUACCACAAUGUCAUCCUUCUCCCUCCUGUCCAUUCCCCCUCCCUACUUCACAGUCUCCCUUACAUUUGGCAAAAAUGUGCUCGAGUGAUGUUGAAUCAACAUUAUCGGGCACUAGAAGGGGGGGGGGUCGACCCCAACCUACCCUAUGACACUUGCUAUACAAUCACACGUCACCAUGAAAAGUUAAGUUCGAGGCUACAACCAUCUGGCUUCCAACCUCGAACCAGACAUUCUAUCUUCUAGCUUUAAAUAACGAAUAUGCACAUGACAAAUGUUAAUUAAUAAAGACUAAAUAUAUCCAUCUCUUUGUCCAGCAGCAGUUGUUGAUUGUUUGCCAGCUGUGUAUUGAUCAUCCUACCAUAUGUAGCAUUGGCUAUAAUAGUCUUGUGGUACUUUGUGAUAAACAAUAGGGCCUAAUCUAUUUAGCUCGCCUCGGCGGCUGCUAGUUGGAGUACAGCUGUACCUGGCUCCGUGUGUAUGGUAUACAACUGUACCUAACUGUAGGAUACAGGUGUUUGCCUCUGUGAAUAUAAUAUUCGAAGUUUCCGUAGUGAACAGGAGCUUGUCAUGUAUAUGAGGCUUAUCGGGUAGGCUGAUGUGUGUGGCGUGUUAAUUUUACGUGUUCUUAAUCUAAUUUCAGAGGCCUGUGGUUGGCCUUAGGGCAGUGAAUGUGUGUGUUUUGCUGUGGGUAGGCCUAUUAAUAUAUAUUUUUGUAGGAUGCCUUCCCAUUUUCUGCGAGAGGUUGUAAUUCCACAUAGUUUUAACAAAUAGAAAAUGAGCUUCGUCGAAUCGUCUGGUGUUGGGGGACGUAUGGACGGCGAGUCAAUCUUUAUACACCUGGCGCCUGCUACACAUCUCUUCUGGCUAAGAGAUUUUAGGCAGAGUGGGCAGCAGGUGUGGGUGGGCAGCAAAUGUAGGUGGGCAGCAGAUGUAGGUGGGCAGCAGGUGUGGGUGGGCAGCAUGUGUGUACCUGUCAUUGUCUAUGGGGAAGCGAGGUGUAGUUCUUUAUGCUUUGCUUACUAGCCUUGAUGUUUCUAUUGUGUUAUAAUUGAACUGUUCUGAAGUUCAAUUUUUUUGUUGAGUCUGGCCUAAAAUAUGUGGAUGGAGGUGGCUUCCACAAGUUCUUUCCGUGCAUGCCACUUGUUGACCAUAUGAGGUACAAAUAUUUCCUUAUAUUCCUUCGUUUCCAGCUUCCAUCCUGUGUAAUCUUGUUCAACUUUCUCCCAAUUUAAGAGGCUGUCCUUGUCCACCUUGUCUAUUCCCUUCUAUAUCUUGUAUGUCAUGAUCAUAUCCCCACUAUUUCUUCCCUCUUCUACAGUUGUGAGAUUUAGUUCUCGGGGGGGGGGGGACCCCUUUUUUCACAUCCCUUUAGCUCGAUGCCUUGUUUGUUUGUUACCCUUUGUUUACUGUUCUUCAGGUACACUCUACCCCAGUAAAGUGUUUCCCAUUGGUCCCAGCUGGCUUCUUCAUAUUGUACAUCAGCCUUCAAUGAGGAACUGGAUCAAAUAUAUAUUUGAUCAUGAACUGACCAGUAUAUAUUUUAGUGAAUGACUGUUCUUAAAGAUACUUUCACUGGUCGAUUUCUUUUCUUUUGAAACUUUCCUAACCUAAAGUACUGUUAUAUUCCUCCUUUUCACAAUCAAGUUAGAUCAAGUUUACAUAGCUUUCAUUUUUCUUUUCAAAUGUUGGUAACGGUCGUUAAACUCGAUUUAGUUUAUCAGGUGUGAAUCUUAUGUUCUAAAUUCAUUCAAUUCAUCCAUUACAAAGUUUAUCCUCUCCAGGUGUUUAUUUCUUAUUCUGAGUACUUUCUCCAGCACUUUACAUGGAAUAGUUGUCAGUGACAGUCGUCCACAAGUUAGUUCCUCCUGCCUGUCCCCUUUUUAAAAUAUUGGGACUCCAUUUGCCAUUUUCCAGAUUUCUGGGAGAUAUCCAAUCUUGAGUGUUUUAUGGAAAAUUUGACUUAGUGGAUGGGAAGAUAUCUGUCCAGCAUCCUUCAGCAGCGAUGGUGAUAUUGAGUCUGGUGCUAUUGCUUUUGUUGUGUCAAGUUCCUCCUGUUUAUUUUUUUACAGUGCCAUUUUUAAAUUGCCUCUCAGCUUCCCUUUUGACUCAGGGGUACUCAUUUUUUUUAAGUGCUACUCUAUUGUAUUCUAUUCCAAGUUCUCUGUACUUUUGACAUGCUAUUUUUUGUCCUUUCUGUUCCCUGCAUUGACUAUUGAACCAAGGACUUAUUCUGUUCCUCUGGUUCACCUCCCUCUUGAAUGGGAUGAAGAACUGAUCCUUGGUAUUUGCACAUUUCCAGGAUGUGAAUACCGGCAUCACAUUUAUUGUCUUUCUUGUAACUCUGACAUUGCAAUUACCCCCUUUUUUAAUUCUGUUAUGUACUCUACACAGUUGUACAGUGAUGGCUAGCGCCUCGAGGCAUCGCAUACUACUUCUCGACAUCUGCCUCAUUUUGAGUAAACACCAGGUUCGCUUUCCUUAUUGUUAUUGGUGCUAUGAUAUUGGUGCUAGUCUCAAGAAGUGUUUGUGUGCUGUGUCCAUCAGCUUUGCUCUCUAUGUCUCAUAAAGCAUCUGAGGGUCCUUCAUUAUCCUGUCUCUUUCCUUGUGAUUAAAAUCCACAAGUUUAGCAUCUUAGCCUCGCUGCCUUUGUCAUUGUGGCCGUUUUUUCUCCUACCUUUUAGGCAGGUCUCAUUGUAUUCCUUACUUUAUUAUUUGGAGGAGAUUAUAAAUCACUGCUACCAAUAUCUUUAUUUCCCACUCUUGUUGUUCCUACUAUGUUUUCUUGCUGAUUGGUUUUCUCUAUUUUAUUUCUUCAAAGCUCCAGUGAAGCUGUAGAAGUAAGAUAUAUUCCUCCACCUGAGUUCAACCUCUCCUUCCAUACCGCCACAUAGACCUGUGGGAAGAUCAACUCUCGUAAAACACUUGUUAGUUUUGUUUCCAUUAUUGUAAUAAUGUUGAGUUGUUUUUUA